AUGGUAAUCGUUUCUCGCGCUCUGUUGGCCCUAGCCGCCCUCGUCCCCGCCGUCGCUGCUCGUCCUAGUCAGACUUGCCGAAAGGUUCAGUAUGACUUCCCUGCUAGCACGAACAAGAAUGAUCCUCGCGCCGAAGCUGUGAAGCAGGCCUAUGUCCGCGAGUGGGACCAAUACUACAAAUAUGCAUUCUCCCACGACGACCUGCUGCCCCUCACCCACAACGGCACCAAUGACCUUUUCGGCUGGGGUGCCAGUGUUGUCGAUGCAAUUGACACUGCUAUUGUCAUGGGAUUGACCGAUAUUGUGGAGAAGCAGCUGAAGCACAUUGCUUCUGUUGACUUCACAAAAUCUGCCUACAUAGUCAACUUCUUUGAUAUUAACAUCCGGUACCUUGGUGGCCUAUUGAGUGCAUACGACUUGAUCAAGAGUGGAAAGUUCCCUAACCCUUAUGACGAGCACCUGGUCGAGGCCCUGCUGUCCCAGGCAAAGUCCCUGGCCACUGCCAUCAGCCCGGUGUUCGACACUGUCACUGGCCUACCUGCCUCACAGAUAAAUUUAACCACUGGCGAAGUUAUUCAGUCCUCCAGUACCAUCAAUGGCACUACAUACAAUAGUACCAACACUGCGCAGGCGGGAACCAUGAUCUUGGAAUACUACCGUCUCUCCGACCUUACUGGCGAUGAGACUUUCCGCGAGCACGCGAAGAAGGCCGAGAGCUAUCUCAUCAACCCCAGGCCAGCUCCCAUUUACCCCGGUCUCGUCGGUACCGAGCUUGACACUGACACCGGAAAGUUCAUUACCUUCGAUGCUGGCUGGGAAGCUGGCGUGGAUAGCUUCAUCGAGUAUCUUAUUAAAACUUAUCUGUACGAUCCGUCUGAUGAAUACACUCAACAGCUACGUGACUUCUGGGUUAUUACUGCGGAGUCGAGCAUUCAAAACAUUGCGCUGCAUCCAUAUCAUCACCCCGAGCUGACCUUCCUAUCGCAAUCCGACACCAAUGGUAGCCUCAUGUGGACCAUGGAUGACUACUCUUGCUUCGCUGGCGGGAAUCUUCUUCUCGGUGGAGCGUAUCUGGACCGGCCCGAUAUCAGUGAUCUUGGAGUCAAGAUGGCUGACAGCUGUCACUGGCUUUUCAAUACCACGACUACUGGUUUGAAUCCGUCAACGAUUGCCUGGUACAACCAGAAUAACACCGCCUACGACAACGAAUACAAUUUGAAUGCCACUUACCGCGCAGAAGCCGCCAAGAAUGGCUACUUCAUCACUGACCCCUCUUAUCGCGACUACCCUGAGCCUAUCGAGAGUAUUUGGUAUGCGUACCGCAUCACCGGCGAUACUCGCUGGCAGGACUACAACUGGGAAAUUUUCCAGGCCUUGGAUACAGAGCGGUCAAAGUCGACGCCCUACGCUGAGAUCUCUGAUGUCAAUGCUCCAGGUGGUGGAGAGUUGAUCAACUAUGUUGCCAGGUGA